UCUUUUCGUGGACAGCGCUCUGUUAAAUAAAAAAAACAUAUGUUUGCAAUUAAUUCAUCAACAAUCGUGCGAACAAGUUGUCUGCGGGCGGACGGUGCGCAUUUUCUUUUAUUAUUAUUUAUUUCCUUUAAGCAGGAAGUAAAUCAUUAAUCGCAGAUCCACAGUAAGAAGUCGGUUAACCAGCAGCUAUGGACCACGCCCAUCACAGUGCGCCCGGUGUUGAUCACUCCAUGCACCACGAUCAUGCGGGCAUGCACCACGACCACAGCGGCAUGGCUGCGGCGACGGCGUCUCCAUCGGAUCCCGCUUCCAUGUUCGACCUGAUCCCCGACACCAGCGAUUUGCAGGCGAGUCACGCGGGCCACGGUGCCCACAACCAUGGCGGUGGCUCUGGCACCGGAAUGGAGCACAUGAUGCCCAUGGCGUUCCACUUUGGCUACAACGAGACGAUCCUGUUCUCCUGGUGGCACAUCGAAACGGUGGCCGGCUUGGUCGGCUCCAUGAUCGCCAUCUUCCUGCUGGCCCUGAUGUACGAGGGACUGAAGUACUAUCGCGAGUAUCUGUUCUGGAAGACAUACAAUCUGCUGGAGUAUCGACCCGUGACGGGGCCCCAAAGAAAUCCGGAGGCACCGCGCAUACCAUCGCCGGCAGCGGCAGCUCCCUCGCCCGUGCAAUACGUGGGCGAAGUUGUGCACAAGCAACCACCUUCGAUGCUGUCGGUGAACCACCUGCUCCAGACGCUGCUGCACGUGCUCCAGGUGACCUUGUCCUUCCUGCUCAUGCUGAUCUUCAUGACGUACAACGUGUGGCUCUGCCUGAUGGUCGUCCUGGGCGCCGCCGUUGGCUACUUCCUCUUCUGCUGGAAGAAAUCGGUAAUCGUGGACGUCACCGAGCACUGUCACUAACAGAGGACGACUCCCGGUAGCCUCAGCCGCCGUUGUCUCACAGAGAUGGAAAUGGAUCUGGAACUGGAUCUGGAGAUGGAGACGGGGGCGGGGGCGGAGGCGUUGGAGGAGCAGAUGUUCAUCUAAAGGAAAGGCAGAGGCGUUGGUGCUAAGCUGGGAACCCAGGAAGCUCUCAUCCCCACAGGAAAACACACACUUCAACACACCCUGCAGCACUUGCUAUUCUCUAGGUAUUAGCCUAUAAACUAUAAAUCCAAUCCCAUGCUGGCCGUAAACGAUGCAACCGCUGCAACCGCUGCAUCGUUUACAAUACCGUUUAUAUACCGACAUCAAGAUCAACUAUGUAGGAAUAUGUCUAUCUGCUGUCCGUAAAGAAAGUGUAAUUUAUACAAGAGAACAAAUUGAGCGACUGGCUAGCGAAUUGUAUAAAAGUUAAGCAAUGCAAAAAUGACUUUUUUCUAUUGGUACUCAAUCUAUGUUCGCAGGAUUCCCACAAAAGCAAAUAUAUUUUUUUUUUAUCAUUACUAAUAUACACCAUUUUGUAACCCUAUUAUACGAUUAUGAUUAUUAUUAUUAUUUGGUAAUAAACUCCAUUCUUUUUUAUAUAUACAUAUUA